AUGCCGCGAGCUCAUCCACGGCGCCGCCAGGCUGCCCCGUCGCCGUCGCACGUCGCCCUCCGACCCCCGAGCCCACGUCGUCGCCCGUCGUCGUCGGCCUCCGCUGCCCGCCCCCCGCCGUCGUCGCCGUCGCCCUCCGCCGCCCCCGAGCCGUCGCCCGUCACCGUCAACCUCGCCCUCCGCCCCCCGCCGCCCUCACCCUCCGCCCACGCCGCCCUCGUCGUCGCCCUCACCGCCCACGCCGUCGCCCCGACCGCCCCCGAUUUGAGCCGCCGCCGCCACGGCUCUGAGCAGAUGAGCACUUUUCAUCCAAGCCUGUGGGGUGAUUUCUUCCUUACUUACCAGCCCCCGUCUUCAGCGCAGCUACCUCAAAUGCAAGAAAGGGCAGGAGUGUUAAGGGAACAAGUAAGGACAAUGAUAAAAGAUUCGAAUGAAACACCACAAAUAUUAGAUCUUAUAAUGGCGCUAGAACGACUUGGUUUGCGUUACCAUUAUGAGAAUGAGAUCAACCAGGAACUCAAUGUUGUUCUCAACUCUGGUUACGAUGAUAAUAAUCUACACUUGGUUUCGCUCCGGUUUUAUCUUCUACGAAAAAAUGGAUAUGAGGUGCCAUCAGAUGUAUUCAAAAAAAUUCAAGACAAAAAAGAAGAUUUUGUUGAUGUUGAUACAAGAAGUUUGCUAAGCUUAUACAAUGCGGCACAUCUGAGGACCCAUGGUGAGGAAGUACUUGAUGCAGCUGUCACUUUCACAAAAAGACGUCUUCUGUUGUGUUCUGCCCUAGAUACACCUCUUGUUAGAAGGGUGGGAAUAUUAGAAACAAGAAGUUACAUAUCCAAGUAUGAAAAGGAGUCUAUACGAAAUGAAGCCAUAUUGAAACUUGCAAAAUUGAAUUUUAACCUGCUACAAAUUCGUUUCUGUGAGGAGUUAAAAGAUGUCACACUGUGGUGGAAGGAGCUCUACGGAAAAUCCAAUUUGAGUUUCGUUAGAGAUCGAAUAGUAGAAGUGUGUAUAUUCUGGAUGAAUGAGGCGUGCUACAAACCUCAUUAUUCUCAUUCGCGAAUUAUUCUCACGAAGAUAACAGCUUUCAUUACCAUAAUAGACGAUAUAUUUGACACAUAUGGUACUACCGAAGAGAGUAUGAAACUUCAAGAAGCAAUUAAAAGGUGGGAUGUAAGUGCAGUAGAUCUCCUUCCAGAAUACAUGAAGAAUUUCUACCUCUAUUUACUAGAGACAUUCUCUUCCUUCGAGGCCGAGUUAGGACAUGAAGAAAGGUACCGUGUGGUUUACCUGAAAGAAACGCUGAAGCAAUUAGUUCAAGCGUACGCCGAUGAACUAAAAUGGCGCGAUGAACAUUAUGUGCCAAGAACAAUGAGUGAACACCUUGAAGUUUCAUCUACAAGUAUCGGACCUUACCUGCUAGCGUGUGAUGCAUAUGUCGGAAUGGAUGAGAUAACAACAGAGGAGACUUUCAAGUGGGUUUUAGGAAAUCCACAACUAAUCAAGUGUUUGGGUAUAUUUGUCCGCCUGUCAAAUGAUAUAGUGUCAACCAAGCGUGAGCAAACAGGAGACCACUGUGGCUCUACGGUCCAAUGUUACAUGAAGGAGCAUGGGGCCACAAUGCAUGAUGCUUGCGAGCAGAUAAAAGAACUCGCUGAAGAUUCAUGGAAGGAUAUGUUAGAACACACUUUUGCUGCGACAAAUCAACCAAUUAUUGUGCGACACACAAUUCUUAACCUUGCUAAGACCGCGGCUAAUAUGUACAAACAUAACGAUGCAUACACUACUUCAGACACAAUCAAAGAUGCAAUAAGACUGAUCUUUGUGGACCAGAUAGAAUAA